AUGCAGACACAAGAACGCUACCACAUCCCCCCUACCAGCCACAACUCGACCAUGUGCACUAUUAACACGGAAUAUCCCCAUGAGGGAGAAUGUCAAAUCUGCCGCCUGAAGCUCGGCCCAUACCUUAUCUACAGCGAUGUAUAUUCCAACUCCAAGGAAAGGCAUAAGCUGUGCGAAAUGAACGGUAACCAGAUAUGUCGCUUCUGCUUUCUCCGUGAACUCGUGGUGCGCGACUUUCAGUGUUCCAACUGCAAAAACAAAAUCGAGCAGGUUACCUACGGAUACUCGCGAUUCUGCACGCGGCAACUCGAUACACAAUUAGAGGUCGUUCGCAUGCGAGGACGGCAGAUGCAGUUUCCAAAGGCGCGAGGUGGUCGCAUGUUCUGUCCUCAUGAUAUAAUGGAAGACUGUUCAUGCCGCGACUGUUAUUGUCCCGAUUGCCUCACCGUGGCCCGAAAUCACCCGGUAUCCAAGUUUCAUCUGGUCUUUCGGCAUCUGUUACAGGUUUCUUCACAAGAGCAUCCGAACAUAACUCCAGAUCGUGCGUUAUUCGAGUACCUCCUCAAAGUGAGGCUGCUUGACGACGACGACGAGAUAAUAGUCUCGCCCCCGCCCCGGGCUGCCAGAACAACCACCCCGGCCGGUGGACGUGCUUCCGGUGCCACCUACCGCGCGCUGAUAAAUGAUCAGCCGGUUUCCCUAUCCUGGCAGACGUCGAACUUCGCCGACUUCGAAGCCGAGGUCCUCGCUGGUGCCGCCGUCUCCCCGGGGACUUGGACGAUCUGGUAUAAAAGUGCCUUCACCAAUGAGGAACUACUGGUGUAUGACCAGGACAGUUUGGAUGCGUAUCUUUUCGAGCUGACGAAGGGUCACGUGACCACAAAGACAGGCAACCAGGGGAAGGUGGCUCUCAGCGUCCUCACGCACGAGGAGGCGUUUAGGUCGACCCGAUCACCUGCUACUCCUGAAGAUCGCCGCCAAAGAUCCCAACUCCUUCAUCAAUGUGAGGAAUUUCUCGGCCGCCCGAUGACUCUCGAGGAGGAAUGGUAUCUCUGGGUUUUAGUGAACAGCUGCAAAGGCGAUUACGCUGUAUCUAGCGGUAAUAUCGAAGAGAAAUAUUCCGACGACCGAUGGGUCAACCAAGACAGACGACUUCAGGAAACCGACCCGGCCGAUCCAAAACGUCCCCGAGUCCGUAAGGACAUUGUGGUGCGGUGGAUUGAAGAGAUUGAAGGAAUUGAAGGAAUUGAGCCGCCUCAGAAGUGGUUCCAGGUACAGAUGAGGCAUCUGGAUGGUGAAUUGCAGGAAUAUCUUUAUUGCAGGGCUUCUGACAGCGUAGAGAGGGAUCCCAAAGCCAUUCGGACAGACUGGACGGAGUUAGAUACUGUCCGAGGGGAGUAUCUGCUAUUCGAAGUGUACUUAACUCUUUCCUAA